CCUUUCUUUUCUUUUCUCCCUAUUUUCAAUGGCCGCCGCCGCUCUUCUUCUUCCUUCUUUCAUCUUCCUCCCGAAGAAAUCCCCAGGCAACUCCUCCUCCUUGGCCGAGCUCCUCCCAUGGCCUCCCUUCCUCCUCUGCUCCGGCCGCGUCGCCCGCGCGCCCUCCUCUGCGCCGCGCCGCUCUCCCUCUCCGGCGCCGCCCUCGCUCCCCGCGCCGCCCCGCCUCUCCGCUGCCUGACGCCACCUCGCCGGCCCCGCUCUGCCUGCGACCAGCCACCGCCGGCAGCAUCGCCUCGCCGCGCGCCUCCCCUUCCCCGAGCGCUGCCCUCCUCCGCGCACGUCGGCCGCGCCUCUUCCCCUGCGCCCGUCGGCCGUGCCCGCCUAGCGCCCUGCUCCACCCUCCUCCGCGCACGCGAGCCCGCUCUGUCUCCCGUUCUCCUUCCUGCCGCGCGCCUCCAGUGCACAGCGCCGCGCGAGCUCCGCCUGCCCGCGCCGCCUCCACCUCGCCGGCCCUCUCCGCCUUCCCUUGCUCCUGGCCGUGCUCGCCCAAGCUCCGCCCGCGACCAGCCCGAGCCAGACGCGGCUCACCCCUACAGCCUAGCCCGAAGCAGCUCCCUCCUCCUUGGCCCAUCUCCAAGCCCAAGCCCAGCAGGCCCGUGGCCUUCUUCCUUUUCCUUUCUUUUCAGUUUUUCUGGAAAAUUGUUUCCCUUACGUGUGGGCGCUGCUUGUCAGUUGUUGUGUGCUACUGUUUGGUGCUACUGUGCUGCUGCUCCACGUGUGCUGUGUCGCUGCCCAAGUCCGUGUGAGCGCGUGAAGACCGAAGAACCACGGAGCCAGAGCCAUGAACGACUACGACCGCGACGAUUGAACGACUACUUCGCCUACGACGGCUUUAUCGUGUACGACUACCUCGUCUACGUCGGCUACUUCCUCUACAUCGCGACGCCGCAACGAGUCCAAGUUUAUGAUUCCUACGACGACGACUACGCUUGUGUUCUUCUUCCAGGAUUCUUGCUCCACUCCAGGCAAUUGAGUACUCCAGGCAUUCGCCUAGCUUCUCCACUGGACGCAGCAGCAGGCUUGUCGUCAUGGGCUUCCAUGGCCCGGCCCAUGGUCGUGACAUUCUCCCCCCCUUGAAGGCCUGGUUGACCCCAAGCAGGCGCCUCCGGAUAAUCAGCCAUCAAACGAGCUUUGUUCUCCCAGGUGAGCCAAGGAGGUAAACCUGCCCAUUGAAUCUGCACCAACGGAACUUGUGAUUUACCUGUAUCAAUGAAUUUAGUGUCCACCACCUGAAGAGGAAUAGCAGCUUCGUCCAGCACAACACAUUGUGAUGGCAAGUCAGGAUGUGCAAUUUCAGCAGCAGGAAUAGCUUUCUUCAACAUGGAGACAUGUACCACAGGAUGGAUUUGCCUGCCUGCGGGAAGCUUCAAUUUAUAAGCAACUGUACCCACCUUCUGCAGAAUUUCAUAUGGUUCAAAAAAUUUGUAGCUCAAUUUCUGAGUGGAGCGCCGGGCAAUCGAUGUUUGCACAUAUGGCUGCAACUUCAGAUAAACAUGAUCCCCAACGGCAAAUGUACGUUCAACUCUCUUUUUGUCA